CUGAUGAACACAGGUUGUCCCUUCACUUCCCUUCUGUAGGUGUCACUAAAACAAACCUGUAGGUUCCAUGGAUCCAAUCUCUGUACUUCUGUCUGUUGUCGUUUGCAUUUUCCUAUUUAAUGUCUUCUAUGGCGGGAAAAGGGAAUCUCAGAACUUCCCUCCCGGGCCCAAACCAUUGCCGCUCAUUGGAAAUCUACACAUGAUGAAUAUGAAGAAACCCUAUCUAACCUUUAUGGAGCUCAGUAAGAAGUACGGCUCAGUAUUCAGUGUUCAGCUUGGGAUGAAGAAGGCUGUUGUGCUUUGUGGCACUGAUGCAGUGAAAGACGCUCUUAUCAACCAUGCUGAUGAGUUUUCAGGAAGGGCCAAAAUUCCAAUUUUCCACCAGGCUUCUAAAGGAUUUGGUAUUGUGUUUGCUGAUGGUGAGAAUUGGAGAGUUAUGAGACGAUUUGCUAUUUCUACACUAAGAGACUUCGGGAUGGGGAAGAAAACUAUAGAAGACAGAAUCAGUGAAGAAAGUGACUGUUUAGUAGAGUCCCAUGAAGGGAAACCAUUUGAUAACACCUUGAUCAUGAACGCCGCUGUAGCCAACAUCAUUGUGCACAUUCUGCUCAACCAACGCUUUGAUUAUCAGGAUCCAACACUGCUCAAGCUUAUAAAAAGCAUCAGUGAAAAUGUUAGGAUUAGUGGACGUCCUAUCGUCAUGUUGUAUAACACAUAUCCAUCUAUUAUGCAAUGGCUUCCUGGAGGUCACCAAACCGUUUUCGAGAACACUCAAAAAUUAUUCAACUUUCUUAAAGAGACAUUCACCAAACGCAGAGAUCAACUGGAUGUAAAUGACCAGAGGGAUCUCAUUGACGCAUUCCUUGUUAAGCAACAAGAGGAGACGUCUUCAUCUACAAAGUUUUUCCACGAUGAUGGCAAUUUAUUUGGUGCUGGAAUGGAGACAACUUCUACGACUCUUCGCUGGGGUCUUCUGCUUAUGAUGAAACAUCCAGACAUUCAAAAAAAAGUCCAAGAUGAAAUUAAUCAAGUUAUUGGAUCAGCAGAACCUCGGCUCGACCACCGCAAACAAAUGCCCUAUACUGAUGCAGUUAUUCAUGAAAUCCAGAGAUUUGCCAACCUUGUGCCUAACGGCCUUCCUCAUGCAACAACUAAGGAUGUCACAUUCAGGGGAUAUUUCAUUCCAAAGGGAACCCAAGUGAUUCCGCUGCUGACGUCUGUGAGAGACAAAGCUUAUUUCAAAAAGCCAGAAGAAUUUUACCCAGAACAUUUCCUUGACUCAGAAGGUCAUUUUGUGAAAAACGAGGCCUUCCUCCCCUUCUCAGCAGGGAGAAGAAUUUGUGCUGGAGAAACAUUGGCCAAAAUGGAACUCUUCUUGUUCUUCACAAAGUUACUACAAAACUUCACAUUCCAACCCCCCCUUGGAGUUGAGGUCCAACUCACCUGUGCAGAGGCAAUAACAUCCAUUCCUACAGACCAUAAGAUCUGUGCCUUGCCUCGCAACUAGACACGCGCUUCAUAUAAUCACGAUAAAAUGAAGCUUAUCAUUAAAAACAAACAUAUGAAGCGUUUAUUGUCGUAGGAAACUCUUUAAAAACAAGCCAAUCCUACUGAGUAUGGAGAGACAAUUCCUUCAUUUCCUUGUGAUUUUAGCUAUUAUUUGUUAAAGGAUGUAGCUUUUUACUGCGGUAUAUACAUUUUUUUUGUUGUGUUUUAUAAUAAUAGUACUGUAUAAAUGUCAUAGAAAUAAAAUGCAGUCCAAGCAUAUCAAUAAACAGUUUUUGGAACAAAGAA